UCUGUCUGUCAGGAGUGGGAACUUACUGAUCAAGCAGGAAAUAAUCAGAAAUACUUUUGUCCAGAAUGAACUGUCCAACUGCAGCAGAGAGAUGAAGAACAUGAACAGAAUCAUCAGUUUUAUGCUUUAUGGUCUGUUUUUGUGCUGCUCGGUUUUCUCUAAUGAUGAUACACAGGUCUCCUGUCAGGUCAGCAAGACUUGUAUCUUACCCUGCAGUUUCACAGCUCAUGAUGACGUUAUCAUCCACUGGAUUCAAGAGACUCCACCAGAGUCCCGGGUUCAAGAGACUCCACCAGAGUCCCGGGUUCACUCCUACCAUCACAAACAAGACCGACUGGGAGAGCAGCACCAGAGGUUCAGAGGAAGAACAUCUCUGUUUAAGGACCAGAUCUCUAGAGGAAACGCUUCCCUGCUGCUGAGAGGAGUGAAGGUUCAGGACCAGGGCAGAUAUCUGUGUAACGUCAGCACCAACACUGGAAAUAACGAGAACUUCAUCCACCUGAAUGUGAACGCUCCAGUCCAGCACAUCAACAUUGAACAGGUACAAAAUAAAAUCACCUGCAGCUCAGAGGGAAUCUUUCCUGAACCUGGACUCAUCUGGACCACCGAUCCUCCAUCCAGCAUGAACCUGCAGAACCCACCAACAGUCCAGCAGACUGAACAGCAGCUUUACAGCAUCAGCAGCUCUCUGGUACUUUCAGACGGAGAUACUGACCUGGACUACAUCUGCACCGUCAGCAAUCCAGCAAACAGCAGGAGAUCCACUUUGCUUCAACCAGCUGUUAUAAGUGGAUCAAACACUGAAACAUUCAUCUCCUGCUCAACCGCCAAUUAUCCAAUAAAGUAUCUCACCUGGACAUUUAACCACAAAGAGAUCAUCCUGACCCAGACGGGACAUGAAGGGCUCUACGAAACUUCAGAGAGGUGGAAGCAGCACGUGAUGACUGUAUCAAGGACAGGAAGUCUCACUCUGAAGCAUUUAACUUCAGACCAGACAGGAACAUACAAAUGUGAACUCAGGGAUGAAGAGGAAACAUACGUGAAAUACACCUUUCUUCACAUAACAAAAGACUGGACCGGAGUUAUUGUAGGAGUGGUGGGUUUGCUGCUGCUGGUGGUCUUGGUUUCUGGAGUCGUUGGUUACAAAUACAGGAAAAGGGUGCAGGAAUACAGGAAAAGGAGGAAAGAAAGGAAGAAGAGGAAAAAAAUAGAAGGAGAGGAUGGUCUGGUUCAGUUGGGCCAGGAGGAGCACGACUCAACAGAAGGGGUUAAACAGAGUCUGAUCUCAGCUAUGAAGGACCGCGGAGAAGUUCGAUUUGUUGAUUGUAAACUCUCAAAGACUCACUAUAAAGUAAUUGCCUCCGCUCUGAAGUCCGACCCCUCCCAUCUGACAGAACUGGACCUGAGUAAGAUCGACCUGGAGGAUUCAGGAGUGGAGAUUCUGUGUGAUGGACUGGAGAGUCCAAACUGUAGACUGGAGACUCUCAGAUUGAUGAGGUGCAGGUUGUCAGAGAUCAGCUGUUCUUCUCUGGUCUCAGCUCUGAAGUCCAACCCCUCCCAUCUGAAACAUCUGGACCUGAGUGAGAACAACAACCUGCAGGAUUCAGGAGUGAAACAUCUGUGUGGAUUUCUGGAGAGUCCAGACUGCAGACUGGAGACUCUAAGAUUGGAGAGCUGCAGUUUGUCAGAGAUCAGCUGUUCUUCUCUGGUCUCAGCUCUGAAGUCCAACCCCUCCCAUCUGAAACUUCUGAACCUGAGCAGGAACUUCAACCUGCAGGAUUCAGGAGUGAAACAUCUGAGUGGAUUUCUGGAGAGUCCAGACUGCAGACUGGAGACUCUGAGGUUGGAGUAUUGCAUGAUGUCAGAGAUCAGCUGUUCUUCUCUGGGCUCAGCUCUGAAGUCCAACCCCUCCCAUCUGAAACAUCUGGACCUGAGUCAUAACUACAACCUGCAGGAUUCAGGAGUGAAACAUCUGAGUGGAUUUCUGGAGAGUCCAGACUGCAGACUGGAGACUCUGAGAUUGGUGAACUGCAGUCUGUCAAAGAUCAGCUGUUCUUCUCUGGUCUCAGCUCUGAAGUCCAACCCCUCCCAUCUGGAACUUCUGGAUCUGAGUAGGAACAUCAACCUGCAGGCUGCAGAUGUGGAGCAGCUUUCUGAUCUGGUGAAGAGUCCAGACUACCAGCUGCAGACUCUCAGCUGGAAAUGAUGAGAGUCCAGGACGGACGAAUCGUGUCCUGAUCGUCCUCAGAGUUGAAGCAGCACCAGUUUGUGUGGACAGACUCUGAUUGGACCGUCAUGAUGAUGAAGUUGAAGAUGAAGAUGAAGAUGAAAAGGAAGAUGUACAUAGUUUCAGCUCAGUUUGUUUCUGUCUUCCAGCAUUUUACAAACUUCUCAAAUAUAUUAAUGUAUAGUGAUGCACCGAAAUUAAAAUUUGUGGCCGAAACUGAAAAUAAUAAUAAACACUUGGCCGAACACAGAAUAAUACCGAACAAUGUUUCUUCACAGAUUUUAAUUUAUUUUGCCAAUUUUUUCACCAUUGCAUAAAUCAAAUAAAUGUGCAGUUAAAUACCCGCCAGUCACAAUUUGUCUUACUGUACUUAUUGUAUUUUUUCUCAUGAUCCUUUUUCAUUUUCUCCCAUUUAAAUCCAAUUAAUCGGGUCGCAGCUUUCCCUACUCCAACUCAGCCUGGAUCAUUUCUCUGCUUUUUCCCACAUCCAAGUAAUGAUCUGACAUGCUGACAUGUUUGCUGCAUUUAACACCGCCCCCUCUCACUCCACGCUGUUCGCUGUUUGAUUGCGUCAUCACACACCGUUAUUAUUGUUCGUUUUUUUCCCCACUUAUUCCACCGAACACCGAAAGUGUUUUUUUGCUAUUUUUGGCCGAACAAUUUAGGGUUACUGAACAUUCGGUGCAUCACUAUUCAUGUAUUUCAGUGGCAGCCGGUCUAGUUUUCUCCAGGGGGGUUUAUACCAAACUCCAAGGUAGACAUAUACCAAAAAGUAAGAAAAUUAUGUACUAAAGUAUCACUUCUCUAUUUGAAUAGAUGAAAUCAACAAUAGCAACACUAUCAUGACAAUCAGGGUUUUAUUUUUUGUACAUAUAUUUUGUCACAAAUGCAUCAAUUUAAUAGAAUACAGAGAUAUAAGGGGUAUAAGUCAGCUUUACAGUAUGUUAGAGCCAUAUAUGAACAAAUUGAUUAUAUAAUUUAGAUUUUGUAAUAUUUGAUUUAACUGUAUGUUGAGUAAUACGCCGUUUUUAAUAUCAGUCCACAAGGUUCUUGCUUAAUAUUACUAAUGACUGCAGCUUUCUCAUUGGUUACGUAUAAAUCACGUGAUGUUCGUGUAUUUUGUUUUGUGAAACUAUGGAACCGAGGGAACACACUAGUUUUGACCGUGCUUGCAUGAGAAUAUUAUUCUGUCGUAUAAUCGCACAGUUUUUGUUUUUUGUAAUUGAAAGAAGGUUUUUCAAUAAACUUUUGAAAUAAGAA